GAUUGUUGCAGACGACGCGAUGACGUGCGACAGACAUCGAAUUCGGAAGGAAGAACAUUUUAUAUAAUUCGAUAUGACAUCAAAUUUUGCCCGUUACAUUACUCUUCCAACAAUUUCAGUUCAGAAUGGGAUUUUGAGAUUCAUCAAUCUUAAUGAAAAUCUGCACUCAGUCCUCAUAGAUGGGGAUUUAUCAGUUGGUACUCCACUUUUUCUUGCCACCGAUGUACUGACUGGGACAUCAGUUACAGCCGAUAAUCAGCCUAGAAUACAUGCGAGAUAUGGCAAGCAAGGACUGGCUACCAAGCUUACAUUCCCUUCAGGAAUUAAAUUCCCUGGCUUACAUGGGACAAGCCGAGGGUUGUGGUUUUACAGCGUCAUAGGUGCUCUCAAGGUGACAUUUGAGUUCCACUCACCACAUCAGCAAGUAGCCAUAAUGGAUGCUCUACAGGACGUCUGGAGAAAGAGAUACAAGGAUCCUCCACUUCCAUCUAGUAUAGAAGUACAGUAUGUUAACAAUAACAGUAGCAAGAGCAAAGGUGUUGAUGGUGACAUAUCUCUACAAUCAACUGGACCAGGUUUGCCUAUCGACCAUGGAGAGACAACACAAUUAGACCCUUUGGAUGGAAAAGGAAUUCCAGAUAGAAGCCAGGAAGUAUCUAGGAAUGCAAUUAAAAGGAAUUACACAAUCUCAAUAAGCAACACAGUGUCUAAAAGAAAGAGGACACUAGAAGAAUUUGUGAAUGCACCUGUCCUUAAAAUCAACAAAAGUACUUCAAUGGAGGAUCGAGUUCUACAAGGUGGAAAUGACUUUACAGAUAUUCAAGUUCACCAUGUUGAGGAAGUGUUAACAGAGAAUGAGUCUCCAAGGUCAUCUUCUGACCAAGCCAAAUGCCUUUGUGGUUCCAUAAAGCAGAGGUUACGAGAAUUAGGGGAACGGUUCAAUGAUGAAAUUCUCACAGAGGAACUCACCUGCUCCAUGGAGCAUGUUGUAGAGAUGCUGCAUGCCAUGACGAGAGUGGAGAUCGAUGCUUGCCUGCAGCUCCUGAACAGCCUGUCGGAUGCUGUAUGUGAAACUACAGAGAGGGACAGUGAAGCAGCCCUAGGGCAGAAAUCAGACAGGGUUAGCCAGGUUUUGGCAGAAUGGCUGGGGUUAAAGUUCAAUCAAGAGGUAUCGCAAAUCAGUGAAAGGGUUGUGGAGUUCAAACAAAAGAACAUUGACCAGAUCAACAACUUGCCGCAGGCAAAGCAGCUGGUGAACUCUCUUUUCCCUAAACCAAUGGUAAACUUCAUCAUGGCAUGGUUAGGAAAAAGAACUGAGCAAAGAAACUCUUGCAGUGAGAUGGGAAAUGCAGCCAGUGAUGUACUUCAUGAAAAUGAUUUUCCUAUAUCUAGUGAUGAUGAUUGUGUUGGGACAACAGGGUUUCUGAAGAAAAAACCAACAGAAGAAGACAUUUCUUGUUACCCAUUAGCUCAGUUCAUCCUUGAGCUAGCUAACCAAACACUUAUAUCUGGUAUGGCUCAUGUUAUAUACCCAAGGCUCAUCCAAAGUACAAAUUCUUGAUUUGGUCAGGCAUUAUAUCAAAGCUUGUAUGUGGCUCCUUUGUCUCUUCUCAUUCUGUUGGCUUCAGAGAUUUCUUCUUGGGUUUAAUUAAAUCCUUUCAGGUGCUUCACAUAAAUGCUUCAAAUUAAUCAACUGAAAUGUGCAGAUAGACCAUAGGCAUUUCAUAUAUCAGGAGAAAAAUAGUUCAUGUGAAACUUGUCAUAAAAAUUUAAGGGUAAUCUAACCUUGGAAUGAUUUGUAAGGAAUUGGUUUUGUGUGUAAGCUGAAAUAUAAGAAAAAUAUGUGGCCAUUUGAAUCUCCUUUUCGGAUAGUGGUAAUAACUUUUAAAAACCUACCAGUUGUUUUGUUGUAUUUUGUGUGUUGCAAGCAGGCGCGUAGCCAGGGGGGGGCGGUGGGGGCGGUCGCCCCCCCCAAAACGUCCCCAAAAAGAAAAAAAAAAAGGGAAAAGGAGAGGAGAAAAGGAAAAGGGAAGGGAGGAAAGGGAAGAAAGGUAGCUUUGUGUUUUUUUUUUUCUUUUUAUUCUUUUUUUUUCUUAAAAGAGAAACUCCUUCACUCUUGCUCUAAAUUUAUGAUUAUGAAUUUUGCUUCCGCGCUGCGCGCAGUUAAAUGAAAAUAUUGAAGAUCUCCAUUGUUUCCCCCACCUUUUCUCUAACCCUGUUUUUCUACCUCAGCUAUAUGUGUUUAUUGCCAGUUAAAGUUCAAAUGUAUACAUUAGGGCAUGGAAUUAGAGUAAGGUUAGGGCGAAGUAUAUGAAGUUAUCUUUUUUUUUAUUUGAUCGCGCAACUUCUGGUCGGGUCGGCUCCGGGCGGGUAAAAUCUUUAUAUCAAUUUCUGCCGUCACCUCCAUAAAGUCAACUUCUCCCGCUUUUCAGCUCAUUACUAAACAACCAUAAUUUUUGGGGCAAACAGGUUCCUAAUCCAAAAAGAGGAAGGUAUAAAAUUCGUAUCGUAUAAGGGUAUUAAAUAAAAAAAUACAAUAUUUUUUAUCAAAUUCUAUUAAACUUCAUGUCAUUUCCCUGUACAUUCAUCUCCUGUCCUGUUUUCAGUUUGAAAAUUUGAAUGACUCUUAAGUUUCUUUAUAAUUCAAAAUAUAGCGCUUCAGGAUAAGUCAAAGAAAAUAGGCAUCCUUUUUAUAUAAUUUCAAUAAAUCACAGAAGUUUCAACUUUUUGCGCACUAUUUUCCUUUUAAUGAAGUUCAAUAAUCUUAGAAAAUUAAUUGAAUUAGAGCCGAUGGGGUAUUGGAGAUAUCUGCAUUAUUUUGAUGAAACAUCCGCCCUUUGAAAUUUCAGAGUUUCGUUGCUCUGCGCGGGGAGGAAUAUCUUCCUCCUGGCAUAUACACUUCUUCUCCUCUGUUUUGCGAGUUAAAGAUAUGCACUGUCGCUAAAUUGUUUGUAAUCAAAUCUGAUCUUUCCAAGGGAAGUAUUCAAUAUAUGUUUGAGAAUAUCCUUUUCUCGGGACCCUUUUCAUGGCAAAAAAUCGAUAAAACGUUUUAGCUUCCGCACUUCGCGCGGGGUUAUUAUCAUUUUAAUUUCCUCCAUUGUAUUCCUUUUUUGUGCGUUCGCAAUCUUUUUUGAAAACAAGGUUCAUGAAAACCAGGUUCAAAAUCACAAUCUAGUCAACUGCAUUGGAGCUGAUAUAGAUACUAGAGACAAGAGAGACGACUCCUUUUCAUUUUAAUUUAUGAAACACCAAAAGCUUCGCGCUUCGCGCGGGAGGGGGAAACUCCCCCUCCCUGCACCCACCCCCUAGGGAGCGCGCUUCGCGCUCUCUGUAAGCGUUGGCACCUUUGGUUGGCACGCUUCGCGUGCUUUACCGCCCCCUCCAAAAUGAAAUCCUGGCUACGCGGUUGGUUGCAAGCCCUGUUAUGUCAAUUUAAUUUUCACAGUUCUUGCACAUAUUGUUUUGAUUUUGAUUAUUGUGCAUAGGCAAUCAAAACAAAAAUAACUGCUAAUUAUUGAUUUUGCUCAUUAAUCUUGCUAAGAGAGGACCUCUCUUUUGUCAGAAGCCUGGUUUGGGCUGUCUACUCAAGAAUUUCUGAUCAGGGGCAAUGUUGCAGACUAUCCGUGGUCAAUUAAUCUGAUCAAGCCUGGUCAAGUUAGUUUAAUUCAGUGCGAUGUACACAACCAUGCAAUACAAUGUGCUGUGUCUAUUUUCUUUCUUUUUCAGUUCAUGCUUUCUGAUAUUUCUGUAUUUCUCUGAUCAUUUAGUACAAGAAUAUUUUUUUAUUGGUGCAUUUUGAAUUUGAAAUCAUUUGCAUUUUCUUCACGUGUUUGAGCCAGGUAUAUAAAUGGAAUGGGUGGUGUUGUUCAUUUCAUACAUUUAUUUCUUAUUUCACAUGGUAAUAAAGCAAAAACAUUUGACUUAAAAGCAAAAAGAUUUGACUUAGAUUCCCCAUCAUGUGAAUUACUGAAUUAAUUAUUCAGGUGCUGGUUAGUCAAAGACCAACAGUGGAACCUAUACAUAUAGCCGAUUGUUUUCUCGCUGAUUUUUUGGAUGAAAAAACCACCCACACAAAUGGAAUUGAAAUUCCAUGACAUCGAGAUUGCUUUCAUUUCACUUGAGAUUAGACGUAAUGAAGGAAUGUAACUGUGUGAUUUCAGAUAUAUUUAAGACCAUUGCUUUGUGCAUAGCACAAAGAUAUAUGUGUUUAAUAUAUUGCAAUAAAUGGAAAAUAUUAAAGCAUAA